UGAGUUUAGAAAUAUGUAGUACUUAUCUUUUCAGGGGUUUCAGUAGCUUUAUGUGCUAUUUGUGCUAAAGGUCAUUUUUUCUAAGUAUGUUAAAGGUCAUUUGUUCCGACUGAAACAAUAUAUUUCUCACUGUGUCAAUGCUCUACUUUCUGGGUCUUGUUUCUGUCCUUCAGUUUUUGUCCUGUUGUUGCUUUGAUCAUAUGGGUGGGCUAAGCAACAUUUUUUCUCCUCUCACAAGGCCGAGCUUCUUUACUUUAUACGCCUUCCCUCUGCUUGAAUAUGGUUAAUAAUGUAUUCACCAUUUCUUAAAGUUUUGCCCAGUCCCUUUCAGAUCUUUCCUACUCACUCGCCUUUAACAUUUUUUUUUUUUGGGACUAGCAAGUUAUUCAUUUUUUGUGUUAUUCCCUAUUUGCAAAAUCUUGUGUGAGGACGUUUCCCUGAACUAAGGUUCACAGUAAAGCAUGCUGGUUAAGUAGUUUUUCAUUGCAAUAAUUAUGAUCUCUUUUGAGGCGUCUGCUUGUAUGUGGGGAGUUUAUUACGUACCCGACCACAAUGAUAGUUUUGACAUGGAUUAAGAAGGUUGCAUGGCAACGUCGUUUUCCAAAAGAGCAAAUUGCUGCUACCUGUGCCACAAUUUUGACUUAUGGAUCAUAUGGCCUCGGAGUUCAUGGUUCGGAAUCCGACAUUGAUGCUUUAUGUGUUGGCCCUUUAUUUGCAACCAUGGCAGAGGACUUUUUUGUUGUUCUGCACAACAUGCUUAAAAGCAGACCUGAAGUAUCAGAGAUCCACUGUGUAAAGGAUGCAAAAGUUCCUCUAAUUCGGUUUGAAUUUGAUGGGAUCUCAAUGGAUCUCCCAUAUGCGCAGCUUAAGGUGUCAUCUGUUCCUGAAAAUGUGGAUGUAUUAAAUCCAUACUUCCUAAGGGAUGUCAACGAAACUAGCUGGAAGAGCUUAUCUGGUGUACGUGCUAACAAACGCAUUCUUCAGCUUGUUCCAAACUUGGAGAAUUUCCAAUCAAUGCUGCGAUGUGUUAAAUUAUGGGCUAAAAGGCGAGGGGUAUAUGGUAAUUUACUUGGCUUUCUGGGAGGAGUUCAUCUAGCAAUUCUUGCAGCUUCUGUUUGUCAAAAGUAUCCAAAUGCUAGCUUAAAUUCUCUUAUUAUGAACUUCUUCCAGACGUUUGCAUUUUGGCCGUGGCCUACUCCCGUUAUAUUGCAAGAUAGAAUAUUGCCUACAGCCGGAGAUGCCAUUGAGACACAAUCCUUAAUGCCUAUUCAGCUGCCGUGUAGUCCAUAUGAAUAUUGCCAUUCCAAUGUCACUAGAAGCACAUUCCGCAGGAUCAGGGCAGAGUUUCUCCGAGGUCAUUAUAGGACUAGGGAUCUUUUGAAGCCAGAUUUUGAUUGGGGUAGCGUAUUUGAGCAUUUCCCAUAUCCAAAGGAGUAUACACGAUUUGUCAAAAUUUACCUCUCGGCUUCUGACCAAGAUGAUCUAGGAGAUUGGGUAGGUUGGGUGAAAUCACGUUUUGUCUCUCUUCUUGUCAAGUUGGAGGAGGUACAAGGUCUUUGUGACCCCAACCCUAUCGAACAUGUAGAUAUUGAUGUAACAGAGCCCAAUGUCGUGUUCUACUGGGGCUUAAAUCCCAGCAAGAGUAGUUUCACAGAUAUACGGCAUGUUGAAGAGGAUUUCCUGAAGAAUCUAAAAAAUGGCUAUCAAGGGUCUGCUGGAGGGAUGGGAUUAUCCAUUUUGCAAGCUUCGCAGCUGCCUAAGAGUGCUCUUCUUGACACUGGAAUAGGGAAGGGGACGAAAGCAUGUUGGAAAAUUCUCGAUUACAAUCUUCGAAGAACCCCAAUGUACUCUCAGCAUUUGCCACAUUACUUUGUUGGGUAUGUGGCAACCGACAGAGAGCCCGAGUACACAAGUGCUGGGGGUUAGUCUUAUUAUAAAUUUAUAUGCCAUACUUGGUUUGCCUCAUGAAGAUGAUGAUAGAGGUAAGUUUUUGAGCAUGCAGUAAAGGAGGAGGAGAAAUGGGAGAAGCUUGAAGUUAGAGGUUAGUCUUGAGUGAUUAAUUAGCGUAGUGCUUGCAAAGUUGUAAACUCAAAUAUUCAGUUAAAUUGCAAAAUUUUCCGAAU